AAUUGAAACAUCAGAACUGGUUAAAACCGAUUGAAACAAUAUUUAAACGAAAAUGUAGUACAGACUAUAGCAGAUAUGUUAAAACGUAUCAUAUAUUACAUGAAGUAGUUUCUUACCGAUAAACGAAGUACGUCAUCAGGAAAUAACAAAAGCGUGUUGAAUAUAUACAUAACGCAUUCAACCACCGUGAAAUUAUUCAUGUUUUGACAGUCAAUAUAAAAUGGACAUUAUAUAUAGGCUUACGAGUAAAGCGGCGAGCUGAAUAAGUAUUGUGCUAUUGUGACGUGCUGAUUUAACAAUACGUAUACAAUAGAUGUGCUAACUGUGACAUAAUGAAUGAAUGUACCUGUGAAAUGUUCGCGAUUAUUGUGAGAUAAUAAGAGAGAUUUCUACAAUAUCAUAAGUUAUUCGGUUUAAUAGUGUGUGUUUUUUUCAAUGCACGAAGUAGAAGGAAGGACUGUUUAGCGAGCCUGACUCAUACUGUUACUACAAUUUGAACUGCGCGUUUCAAACCAAUAAACCGCACAUCAUACCGCACAUUUAAUCAAGGUAACAGUGAGGCACGGUUGUAUUUUGUGCAUUGAUAUCAACGGGAGUGUCAACUAAAUAAAUAAUCAACAUUUAUUGAAAUUUGUGUCGCUGAGUUGUGGCUAAAACCAAAAUCGGGAACACAGUUCGAUGAUUAUUUAUCAAUAAACCGAUUAAUAUAAUAAUUAAAUAAUUAAUAACAAAAGAAUUUAAGUGGGCGAACAGCAGAAAUGCAUGGAACUUAUCAUCCUCAACGAAGUGCAUGCCUCUAUUCGUUUGCGCUGGCGGCCUUCCUCGUCCAAUGUGUUAAUGCAGCGGAAGAAACGACGCGCAUUCGCACGUGGACGUGGACAGCCUGGUACAACACGGACAAGCCCACUUCCGGCGAGCAGGACGACGAGAGAGUCAACUCCAUUCGCAGGCGCGGCUGGCAAAUCUGUGGAGGGUACUCUCCAAUCAACGCCGAAUGUCGUGACGUCGACAAUCACACGUUGACGUUCGACGCUCUCUCAAGUGACUUAGUAGCCGACAUCCUAGAUGAGCCAUGUACCACAGCCGGUAUCUUAUGUAGGGACUCCGACCAGAGGAAACCCCGAAAGUGUGCUAACUAUGCAAUCCGGUUCGAAUGCCUAUCUGUCCCGGAUAGCUCCCCGCCCACAAAUAUCGGCGUCAUAGGUAUUGCUGCCGGUCUCUCCGUUGGCGUCCCCGUCAUAUGCAUUGCCAUCAUGCAUAUUGCGCGUGUCGUCAAGCGACGGCGAAGGUCAGCUUCGGGGGCGCUGGUUUCCGGCACCAGCAGUAACGAGUUUUUCUCUCGGGCAGAUUUGCCGCCGACGUAUUCGUUUCUGUUCGGAGACACUGUAAGGAGUAUUAGCGAAAUAGAAUUUCAAUCGGAAAACGCGGAUACCGGUCAUUCUAAUGCAAGUUUUAGUGCUUCUGUUACUCAAUUGUCGGCAGGAACAGGAUCUCAGACAUAUAGUAGCAGUCGCCGCGGGUCAACUACGCUAGGCAUACCAGAAAGUCAGUCGGUUGUUUCCUUAUCGCCAGACGGACUUCCGGCCGGACCGGAAGUACCUGAGCCUGGACCGAGAAGACCAUCAGGAGCGUGGCGCUCUCGGUUUCCCAAUAUGCACGUCUCAAUAUUUGAAAUAUUUUCACGUUCGGAGACACGGGAACCUCGUGACGUCACACGUCCACCAACGCCAGAUCUCAGCUAUGAGCGCACUCCUCCACCGGAGUAUAAAGACGCUGUAAUAUUUCUGGGCUCAAGGGAGAUAAAUCCUGAAUUUGUACCAGAAGCAAAAGAAAAGGAAGCCAAAGAAAAGAUAGAAUUACCUUAACCUGCUGCAAAACUUAAAAAAAUAUGUUUAUAUAUAAUUUGUUCAUGAAUAAUCACCGAAUCGUUGACUAAAACGUUUAUAAAGCGGUUUGUUGUUAAACGGUUGUGUUUUUAUGUACCGGUUAUGUAACUGUUAAUUAGGGAAGGCAUAUUCCCCCCCACGAGAUGUUUUCAAGGCGAAAUAUGGUGCUAUUCGUGAUCAUUCCUAUGAGUGAGUUUUGUUUCUGAAUCUGUUUAAUGACCUAUGUCUAGCUUGACAAAAUUAACCUGUAACUCCUUAACCAUAUGAGCAUAAUAUAUAUACUGAGUAUAUCGAGUAUAUAUUGGCCGUGCUCUGUGAAAAACGGGUUUGAUUCAUAUGCGUAUAGUGUCGUCCCAGAUUAGCCUGUGCGGACUGCACAGACUUAUCUCGGACGGCACUUUACGCACAUGCAUUAAACCCCCUGUUCACAGAGCACGGCCCAUAUCUCUUUUAAAGCAUUCUUUUCGCAAUGAUAUGGUGGAUUAUAGAUAUUUCACCGGUGCUCAAAGAUCACCUAUUUCAAACAUGUCAUGUUUAGGUUAUAACUCAUGGUAAAUUAUUUUGAAAAUUAUUUGUUUACUAUUGGUGCAAUAUGAAAGACAAAUAGUUAUUGUUUAUAGUGUGUGCUUUAUACAAACACACAUGUAGUAGUUAGUGUAGUAUAUAAUAAUAACAUGAAUGCUACUGUAUAUAUUGUUUAUAUUUUUCAUUCAGUGGUAUUACUAUCAUAUGAGCCUUGUUCUGAGAAAACUGGGCUUAAUACAUGUGCGUAAAGUGUCGUCCCAGAUUAGCCUGUGCAGUCCGCACAGGCUAACCAGGAACGACACUUUCCGCUUUAAUGGUAUUUUUCGUUUAAAGGAAGUCCCUUUUUACCGAAAAUCUAGUUUAAGCGGGAAGUGUCGUCCCUGAUUAGCCUUUUCGGACUGCACAGGCUAAUCUGGGACGACACUUGACGCAAAUGCAUUAAGCCCAGUUUUCUCAGAACAAGGCCUAUAUGUAUUGACUGACAUGUCUAACCACCCGAAGGGACGUCUUUUAAGAGAUUCGUGUUAUUGAAAAAAAAACAAGAAUUUGACGCCCUUUUCACAAACAUUUUAAUAUCUGAUCAAAAUUAUACAAACGACAAAAAGCUAAAUUAAAACAUUGUAAUUCGCGAAGAGUCAAACACAUAGAAUAAGAUGUGUUUGGUUAGAAAACCUAUUUUCUUUUGUUCGAACCAAAUAUAAAUGCAUUAAUAAAGAUUUAUGAAACGGC